AAAUGAACAUGCUGUGGUCGUGAACAUAAUUUUUUUUUUUUGGAGGAAAAAUUAAAGUGCCAGAGUGAAAGCCAGAAUGGCAUCUAGAGAGAGGCUCUUUGAACUUUGGAUGCUUUAUUGUACAAAGAAAGAUCCAGAUUAUCUGAAGCUAUGGUUGGACAAUUUUGUUUCUAGCUAUGAACAAUUCUUAGAUGUUGACUUUGAAAAGCUGCCUACCAGGGUAGAUGAUGUGCCUCCAGGAAUAUCUCUACUUCCUGAUAAUAUUCUGCAGGUUCUAAGGAUCCAGCUACUACAGUGUGUUCAGAAAAUGGCAGAUGGGUUAGAGGAACAGCAACAAACUUUGUCAGUUUUGCUCGUCAAGUUCUUCAUUAUUCUUUGCAGAAAUCUGUCUAAUGUGGAAGAAAUUGGGACUUGCUCUUACAUUAAUCAUGUCAUCACUAUGACAACACUCUACAUUCAGCAAUUAAAAAGCAAAAAAAAAGAGAAGGAAUUGGCAGAUCAGACAUCUAUUGAAGAAUUUGUAAUCCAUGCAUUGGCAUUUUGUGAAAGUUUAUAUGAUCCAUAUCGGAAUUGGAGGCAUAGAAUUUCAGGACGAAUCCUUAGUACUGUGGAAAAGAGCAGACAGAAAUACAAACCAGCUUCUCUCACAGUGGAGUUUGUCCCUUUCUUUUAUCAGUGUUUUCAGGAAAGCGAACAUCUCAAGGAAAGUCUUAAGUGUUGCUUAUUGCAUCUCUUUGGAGCCAUUGUAGCCGGUGGGCAGAGGAAUGCUUUGCAAGCAAUUUCUCCAGCUACCAUGGAAGUUCUUAUGAGAGUUUUGGCAGACUGUGAUUCCUGGGAGGAUGGAGAUCCUGAAGAAGUGGGUAGGAAGGUAGAACUUACUCUGAAGUGCCUUACAGAAGUGGUACAUAUCCUUCUCACUAGCAGCUCUGACCAGCGUCAAGUGGAAACCAGCACUCUUUUGGAGAACUAUUUUAAAUUGCUAAAUUCAGAUCAUUCAGCUUUACCUAAUCAAAGGAGGUCGAGACAGUGGGAAAGCCGAUUCAUAGCUCUACAGAUAAAAAUGUUGAAUACCAUCACAGCCAUGUUAGACUGCACUGAUAGGCCUGUUCUUCAGGCCAUUUUUCUUAACAGUAAUUGCUUUGAACAUCUCAUACGACUGCUACAGAAUUGCAAGCUAUUUUUAAAUGCUAACAAUAAGGUGGCAGACAAGAACGAGAAAGACCUUGCCAACAAAUUACUGACAGAAAUGAAUGAGGACCAGGUGUUUCAGGGGCAAUUGGAUUGUUUGGCUAUAUCAACCAUUAAGGCUUUGACAGCAGUAAUGAAUAAAUCUCCAGCUGCUAAGGAAGUAUUUAAAGAAAGAAUUGGUUAUACACAUAUGUUUGAGGUUUUAAAAUCCCUGGGUCAGCCACCGCUAGAACUACUUAAAGAACUCAUGAAUAUGGCUGUAGAGGGUGACCACACUUCAGUUGGGAUUUUGGGCAUUAGUAAUGUCCAGCCUCUCUUGCUUCUUAUCCAGUGGCUUCCAGAGCUAGAAUCCCAUGAUCUGCAAAUCUUCAUUUCUGAUUGGCUGAAAAGAAUUUGUUGUAUUAAUAGGCAGAGUCGAACUACUUGUGUCAAUGCAAACAUGGGAAUUCACAUCAUUGAAACCCUUGGUUCCCAUUCUUCCCUCCAUCGAACUUGUGCUGAGAACUUGAUUGCACUUCAUGGUUCCUUGGGGAGUCAGUCAGUGAGCUCAGAAGAAAUACGUCAGCUGCUAAGAUUGCUGAGAGUGGAUGAAUCUGAGUAUAUUCACCCUUAUACUACUCCUGUGACUCGAGCAAUUCUGACAAUGGCCCGAAAACAAAGUCUAGAAAGCGCACUGCAGUAUUUUAAUUUGUCACAUAGUAUGGCAGGAAUCUCUGUGCCUUCCAUACAGAAAUGGCCAGGGUCUGCCUUUUCUUUCAAUGCUUGGUUUUGCUUAGAUCAGGAUCAGUUGACUCUUGGCAAUGCUAACAAAGGAGGAAAAAGAAAACAAUUGUACAGCUUUUUUACAGGAAGUGGCAUGGGUUUUGAAGCUUUUAUUACCCAUUCAGGUAUGCUGGUUGUUGCAGUGUGCACAAAAAGAGAAUAUGCUGCAGUUAUGCUUCCUGACCACAGUUUCUGUGAUUCCCUCUGGCACAACAUAACCAUUGUUCACAUGCCUGGAAAAAGACCCUUUGGUCAGAGCUUUGUCUAUAUCUAUGACAACGGACAGCAGAAGGUCUCUGCCCCUCUCAGAUUUCCUGCCAUGAAUGAACCUUUUAUUUCCUGCUGCAUUGGUUCAGCUGGGCAAAGAACCACCACUCCUCCACCAUCCCAAAUCCCAGAUCCACCUUUUUCUUCCCCCAUUAUCCCUCAUCGGACAUCAUUUGGUGGAAUUCUGUCAUCAGCCUCCUGGGGAGGAACACUUGAAAAAUCAAAAUUGAUUACCAAAUUGAUAUCAGCUGGAACUCAAGAUAGUGAAUGGGGAUGUCCCACAUCUCUGGAGGGCCAGCUAGGGUCUGUUAUCAUAUUUUAUGAAGGACUACAGCCUCCUCAAGUGAAGGCAUUGUAUUUAGCAGGUCCAAACUGUUUAAGCCCUUGGAAAUUUCAAGAGUCUGACAUGGCUGACCUGUCUGGUAACAUCCUUCUUCACUAUACUGCAAAGGCUUGCAAAAAUUCAAUCUGUCUUGAUUUAUCUACUAAUUGUUUGCAUGGAAGAUUAACAGGAAACAAAGUAGUGAACUGGGACAUUAAGGACAUCAUAAACUGUAUAGGUGGAUUAAAUGUACUGUUUCCUCUGUUGGAACAAAUCAGCCACUUUGGUGAAGGACAGAUUUCUGAAGGAAUGAAUGAAAGUACAGUUUCUGAAUUGGUAACACCUGUAGAAGGAGAUUGGGUGGUAUUGACCUCCACAAAGGCUUCAGAGUCAAGAUUAGAGAGAAAUCUAAUUGCAACAUUUAUCUUGAUUGUGAAACACUUUAUUCAAAGACAUCCCAUCAACCAGGACAAUCUUAUUCACUCCCAUGGAGUUGCCACUCUUGGUGCCUUACUUCAGAAGGUGCCAAGUGCCUUGAUGGAUGUUAAUGUAUUGAUGGCAAUUCAGUUACUAAUUGAACAGGUAUCAUUAGAGAAAAAUAUGCAGCUCCUGCAACAAAUGUAUCAGUAUUUACUCUUUGACUUUCGUAUUUGGAACCGUGGAGAUUUUCCCUUCCGAAUUGGUCAUAUACAGUAUCUUUCCACCAUCAUCAAAGACAGCAGGAGAGUUUUCCGAAAGAAGUACGGUGUGCAGUUUCUCCUAGAUACACUUAGGAUUUAUUAUGGGAGUGAUUGUAAAUACAGUGAGCUGUCUGUAGAUGACAUUCGAACAAUAAGGACUUCUUUGUAUGGACUAAUUAAAUAUUUUCUGUGCAAAGGUGGAACUCAUGAAGAGAUACAAAGUAUUAUGGGUUACAUAGCUGCUAUCAAUGAAGAAGAACAGCUCUUUGGAAUUUUGGAUAUGCUCUUCAGUCUCCUGCGUACCAGCCCAACUAGAGGUCAGCUUUUCUUACUGCUGUUUGAACCAGGAAAUGCUGACAUACUUUAUGCCUUGCUCUUAAAUCAGAAGUACUCUGACAGACUAAGAGAAAUCAUUUUUAAGGUUAUGGAACAAAUGUUGAAAUGCACGAAUGUUUAUGAACGAAGUAAACAGCGCAUUCGGCUCAGAGAAGUUGGCUAUUCAGGAUUGGGACUUCUUCUUAAUGAAGCACCCGUUAAUGCCAAUCUCAUUAAAAGCCUCACCAAUCAAAUUAUAAAUACAGAUCCUGCUAUUAAUUUCAAAGAUCUGUUGUCCAUGGUAUAUAUAUCUCACAGGACACAUAUAAAUGUCAGGGUGGUUAUCUGCAGAAAGAUUUUACAGAUUUUGCAGUCCCAGCCAGAUGCAGCACAUCAAAUAUCUCAACAAGUGGGUUGGCAAGACACUUUGGUUAGGCUCUUUUUAAAAACAAAUUUUGAAAAUGGAAAUACUCUUCAUAAGCACAGUAGAGCUCUUUCAAUGAAAGACAAUGAUAAAAAUGUGGUAGGUGAAGAUCUUAAGAGGAACUUCGACGAAAAGACUGAUGAGGAAAAAAUCAACUCUUUUGGCUCAGCUAAUGUGUCUUCCGAUCAGUGGAGUUUAGAGGAUAGACACUCUCUAGACUCAAACACACCAUUAUUUCAAGAAGAUAGUUCUGUGGGAGAAUUAACUUUCAAAUCAGAGAAUCAAGAAGAAUUCUGGAAUAAUAAUCCUUCACAUUUGAGUUUAGAUUUCAGUGGAAUAGACUCGUGUGAACUGAGCGACAGUGGAAGUCACAUGCCAGACAGCUUGCCUAGUACACCAUCCCCAAUAGAAUCUACUAAAUCAUUUUCUGUGCCAUCUGACAAAGAGAGCAGCAUCACAAAUGAUAUGGGGUUUAGUGAUGACUUGUCGUUACUUGAAAGCCAAGAGAGAUGUGAGGAGGAGCUUCUUCAAUUACUGACAAAUAUUUUGAACUAUGUAAUGUGUAAGGGACUAGAAAAGUCAGACAAUAAUACUUGGAUUGAACGAGGACAAGUGUUUUCAGCACUAACUAAACCAGGAAUAUCCAGUGAACUACUUCGACCAUCAGAUGAAAUAAAAUUAAUUUUGCUACAGAAGAUGUUAGAAUGGGCAGUCAUGGAAAACAGAGAAUCAAACACGAAUCCAGUAACUGCUGAAAAUGCCUUGCGGCUCAUCCUGAUCAUACAGGACUUUCUGCAGUCAGAGGGGCUUGUUAAUUCAAACAUGUGGACUGAAAAGCUUUUAGAGGAUCUGAUGCUGCUCUUCGAUGGUCUGUCAGUUUGGUAUUCUGAAAGUUCAGUAUUGGCACAACUUUCUCAAGUUCAAAUCCAGUUACUUCUAGGAUUCAUUGGAAUGGGUAAUGUGCAGGUUUGUGCAAUGGCAUCAGCUAAGCUAAACACCCUUCUUCAGACCAAAGUGAUUGAAAAUCAGGAUGAAGCAUGUUACAUUUUAGGGAAGCUGGAACAUGUUCUAAGUCAGUCAAUCAAGGAACAGACUGAAAUCUACUCAUUUCUGAUUCCCCUUAUCCGUACCCUGGUUUCCAAAAUUUAUGAGCUUCUCUUCAUGAACUUGCACCUGCCUUCUUUACCUUUUACCAAUGGUAGUUCUUCAUUUUUUGAAGAUUUUCAAGAAUAUUGCAGUUCAAAUGAAUGGCAAGUUUACAUUGAAAAAUAUAUUGUGCCUUACAUGAAGCAAUAUGAAACCCUUACAUUUUAUGGUGGUCAUGAGAACAUGGCACUUUAUUGGAAGGAUUGUUAUGAAGCCUUAAUGGUGAAUAUGCAUAAACGAGACCGGGAAGGAGGAGAAAGCAAGCUUAAGUUUCAGGAGUUUUUUGUGGAGCCAUUUAAUCGAAAAGCACGCCAAGAGAACUUGAGGUAUAAUAAUAUGCUUAAACAACUUAGCAGUCAACAGUUAGUCACUCUGAGACGCUGGAAGGCAAUACAGCUCUAUCUUACAUCUGAAAGGGGACCUUGGGCUGAAAGGAAACAAAAUCCAGUUCACUGGAAACUAGCUAAUGUAGAAAAUUAUUCCCGCAUGAGACUUAAAUUGGUGCCAAAUUAUAACUUCAAAACUCAUGAAGACGCUAGUGCUUUGAGAGAUAAUCUAGGUAUCCAACACUCACAGCCUUCUAGUGAUUCAUUGCUUUUGGAAGUAGUGAAACAAGUAAAAGUUAGCAAUAUGGAAGAGGAUAAAUUAGACCUUCCUGAAGAAGACAUAACAGCCAGAGUAAAUAUUGAUGAAAAAGAAGAACAGGAUCAAAAAGAAAAAUUGGUGUUGUCAGAAGACUGUGAGCUCAUUACAAUAAUUGAUGUAAUUCCUGGCAGAUUAGAAAUUACUACUCAACACAUUUACUUCUAUGAUUGCAGCAUUGAAAAAGAAGAUGGAGUAGGCUUUGAUUUCAAGUGGCCUCAUUCUCAGAUUCGAGAGAUUCACCUGCGGCGUUACAAUUUAAGGAGGUCCGCCCUUGAGAUUUUUCAUGUUGACCAAUCCAACUACUUUCUCAAUUUCAAAAAGGAGGUUAGAAACAAAGUAUAUAGCAGACUAUUGUCACUUCAUUCUCCAAAUAGUUACGGAACCAGAUCACCACAGGAAUUGUUCAAAGCAUCAGGAUUGACACAGAAAUGGGUGAACAGAGAGAUAACAAAUUUUGACUACCUCAUUCAAAUAAAUACAAUGGCAGGACGAACAUAUAAUGACCUUGCACAGUAUCCAGUGUUUCCCUGGAUUUUACAAGAUUAUACUUCAGAAGAGCUGGACCUUAAUAAUCCAUCUGUAUUUCGAGAUCUUUCCAAACCAAUUGGAGUAGUUAAUGAUAAAAAUGCCAAAGCCAUGCGAGAAAAAUAUGAAAAUUUUGAGGAUCCUAUGGGAACUAUUGAUAAAUUUCAUUAUGGUACUCACUAUUCAAAUUCUGCUGGGGUUAUGCACUAUCUUAUUCGCACAGAACCAUUCACCACCCUUCAUAUCCAGCUUCAGAGUGGAAGGUUUGACUGUGCAGAUCGACAAUUCCAUUCCAUCCCUGCCACUUGGCAGGCUCUCAUGGACAAUCCAUAUGAUGUGAAAGAACUUAUUCCUGAAUUCUUCUAUUUCCCAGAGUUUUUGGAAAAUCAAAAUCAAUUUAACUUGGGUUGUCUACAAGUUUCCAAAGAUGUAGUAAAUGAUGUCAUUCUCCCCAAAUGGGCUAAGUCAGCUGAAGAUUUCAUCUAUAAACACAGGAAAGCUCUGGAGUCUGAAUAUGUUUCUGCUCAUCUUCAUGAAUGGAUAGAUCUGAUUUUUGGCUAUAAACAGAGGGGUCCAGCUGCAGUGGAAGCACUCAAUGUUUUUUAUUACUGUAGUUAUGAAGGAGCUGUGGAUCUAGAUGCCUUAACAGAUGAAAAGGAAAGAAAAGCCUUAGAAGGGAUGAUUAAUAAUUUUGGGCAAACACCUUGUCAACUGUUAAAGGAACCACAUCCUCCUAGAUUGUCAGCAGAGGAAGCAGUGCAGAAGCAGGCCAAAACAGACACUUCAACCCUGAACCUAUUUCAGCACCUCUCCGAACUCAAGUCAUUUUUUAUAGAGGGAAUUAGUGAUGGUAUUCCACUAAUAAAGGCCAUUGUCCCCAAAAAUCAGUCUCGCUCUUUUAUGUCUCAAGGCAGUCCUGAGUUACUGAUAACAGUAAGCAUGAAUUAUGUUGUUGGAACCCAUGGAUGGCUGCCUUAUGACAGAAACAUUUCUAAUUACUUUACAUUCAUCAAAGAUCAAACUGUGACAAAUCCAAAAACUCAGCGUAGUAUGAAUGGUCCUUUUGCUCCAGGGCUGGAAAUAACUUCUAAGCUAUUCAUAGUAUCACAUGAUGCAAAGUUGCUUUUCAGUGCUGGACACUGGGAUAAUAGCAUUCAAGUGAUGUCACUUACAAAAGGCAAAACUAUCUCACACAAUAUUAGACACAUGGAUAUUGUUACUUGUUUAGCUACAGAUUAUUGUGGAAUACAUUUGAUUUCUGGUUCGAGAGACACUACAUGUAUGAUAUGGCAAAUAAUACAACAGGGAGGUGUUCCCGUGGGCUUAGCAUCGAAACCCUUUCAGAUUCUGUAUGGACACACUGAUGAGGUAUUGAGUGUUGGCAUCAGCACUGAACUUGACAUGGCAGUGUCAGGAUCAAGGGAUGGCACUGUGAUUAUACAUACCAUUCAGAAAGGUCAGUACAUGAGGACUUUACGACCACCUUGCGAGAGUUCUCUACUCCUCACUGUUCCUAAUUUGGCGAUAUCUUGGGAAGGACAUAUUGUCAUCUAUUCCAGCAUUGAAGAAAAGACCAAUCUCAAGGAUAAGAGUGCACUACAUCUGUUUUCUGUAAAUGGCAAGUAUUUAGGGUCUCAAGUCCUGACAGAACAAAUAUCAGAUCUGUGUAUCACUGGAGAACACAUUAUCACGGGCAGUUUACAAGGUUUCCUGUCCAUAAGAGAUCUCCACAGUUUGAAUCUCAGCAUGAAUCCAUUAGCCAUGCGGAUGCCUAUCCACUGUGUUUGUGUAACCAAAGAAUACAGCCAUAUUCUUGUAGGAUUAGAAGAUGGCAAAUUGAUUGUAGUGGGUGUUGGCAAGCCAGCUGAGGUAAAACAUAGCAUCAAGAACUUCUUUUCCCGUACUAUUGGGGAUUCCUUUGGUUCUCCUUUGUUCCAGCUGAAUCAGAAGUCUCCAUUAUGGAUGAACAAAUUAACCAAAUUUGAUUUUUCAAAGGGCAGUAAAUGAAAAGGCGAUAAAGCUAGUAUUCAAGAGUGAUGUUUAUAUUAUGCUUCAAUUGAAGGCAUACAUUUGACAGUUUCUGUCCUCUAAAUGAAUAAGAAAGUUCUUUUAUUUUCUGUCUUUCCAAAUCUAGAUUCAAGACACGACUUGGAUUUUUAAUAAAUAAGAGCCUUUAUAAAAAAUUAAAUACAGGCUCAAACAAUAAAACUAUUUACUUUAAUUUCAGUAAAUACCAGUAUGACUGUAUGUCAAUUAUCCUUUUGUAAAAGCAUCAUUUUUUUACUUGGAACUACAGAUAUCCCCAUAUAAUAUCCUAAUUCUCGGUGAGUUUCCUGUAGUUACUGUAAACUUAUUUGCCAGUGGUUUAUCAAUUACUGAACAUUCAGAUAUCAUAAAUCUGAUACUGUUCCUUAGAAAACUUCGUGGCUAUACUCCAAGUAAUAUAGUGAUUCUGUUAGAAAGUUAAUUGUAUUACAUAGAGUCAAAUUAAGCAUUAUCAAUUUUUAUUGAUACCAUCAGUCUUUUCUGAGAAAUCUAAAAUAUGGCAUCUGUAGUAGUUGUUUCAAGAGAAGUCAUUGGUGAAUAACACAGUGUCACUGCUUUUAAUAAAUCUACCACGGGUCAUAGGAACCUUUUUGCUAAGUUUUCAUCAGUUCUUAUACCUGUUCAGGAUAUUAUUAUAACAAAAGAGAGGUCUUAUUAAAUUAAAGUGAUUGCACCAUUUACCUUCAGUUGUAACAGUCCCCCAAAGAAUGUCAGCAAGUCUGUAUCUCGGUAUUUCACUUACAUUUAAAACAUUUUAGGCAUUUUUUCUCUUUGAGUAUGUUUCACUUUCUGUGGAUUACUCACGUGCCCUUUAAAUUUGCCUGCAUCUCCCCACCUUAAGUAAUUUUUCAGUUUCUGAUUUUACUGAAUUUUUUUAUAUGAAGUGACCAUUAUGUGCACACACUUUUCUUUUAAAAAUCGAUUGGAACAAAAACACCUAAGCAACUUCAUUUUGUAGGCUUAAAUCAGUGUUUUGUACUGUUUAUUAAGUAAGUUUUUUGUCCUCCUUGAAAGUUUUAUGUAGUCUACAACACAUAGAAUCUGAAUUGUGUGCAGAUUUGGAAUAAAAGUAUUUUUUAUCUGUUUUACAUCUUUGGAUGUAUCAGUUGAAGUAUGGAUCUACUUUAGUACAUAAUCAAAUACUUAGAAUCUUGCAUAAUUAAGAUAUAAUUCCAUAUGACAGUAUGAUUAAAGCUUUAGUUAUGAAAAGAUCUUUAUGUAAAGAUCUAAAUUUAUCAUAAAAGAUCAAAGUCUUGAUUAAUGUGUACUUUAAGCCAUGUAUCAGUUUUGUAUAUUACACUGUCAGUAUGAAAUUCAUAUUUAUUAAUCAUAUGGUAAAGUGAUAAUAGAUUAAUGGAAAUAAUGUUUCUGGAAAUGAAAAUGCAAAACAAGCAUGCUAAAGUGUCUUUGCAUGAGGCUUGGUUUUUUUUUUUUUAUCCCUUUAAUAAAUGUACCCUAGAGAAGGGUAACCAUUAAAAAAGGCUGGCAGACAAAUAAAAAAUAGAUUAUACUUGGGAAAGUAAUUCCAACAAGUCAUAUUGUUAGUUUGAGAAAUGUGUCCCACAUGGAUUCUUUUUUGCCUUACCUAGAAUUAUAAGCACUUUUAGAGGGGCAUUUAUUUACCGAUUGGAUUAAUAUUUAAUUAAUAAUUGUUAUGUGCUGAGAAGCGUGCUAGGUGGUACAAAUUUAAUGGUGAACAAAUGUGAUUCUCACCUUCAGAGAGCUUAUGCUAUACUUGUUCUCUAAAUUAUAUUUUAUCAUUUUGUUGCUAAAUGUCAUUUUUUGAAAUUCUUAUAUCAAAAUACUCUAAAAUUAUUUUGUUUCCAUCAGAACAUUAUUGUACUUCUUAUUAGCCUUGUGAUUAGCAUCAAUAGUACUUUAAAUAUAAAAGGAGAAAAUCCUCAAAAUUAUGUGUCUUAUUAGCUAAAGUAAAAUUCAGAAGAUUAUUUUAAUGAACUGUGAAAUAUAUUUCUUUAAUUUAUAAAGAAAAGGACUGAUAAUUUGGACAAACUGGGGCAUUCAAUUUUAAAAUUUACACAUUGGCAUUAGAACUUUCUCAGUUGAAAGACAAUUGGUAUAGAGAAGCCUUUCUUUAAUUAUUAUUAAUCGAGAAUCAUUAAAAUGUUAAUAUGAAU